AUGAGUGAGUCGGAGGAGGAAAACAGCAGACUUGACAUAUCUGUUAUAUGUGUAAGCGAAAUGCAAGUGAAUAAACAACCGUAUUGUUCAAAUGAUGUGUGUAAAAGAAAAGAAGUGUUUCCGCUAAAUGACUUGAUUGUGAAAUGUAUCCACUGCCAGGGAUGUUAUCAUCCACAAUGUGCAGGAAUUGAAGAAUUUGAGCAUUGGCAAAAGUUCAUGAUGAGUAUUAAAAAUAGAGAGGACUGGAAAUUUGUUUGUGAGUUUUGUAAAAAGGAAAUUCACCUAAUAGUGAGAACAAAAGAGCUGGUUAAAUCCCUCAUUGACAGUGUGUGUAAUAAUCACAGCUUGACAUUUGGUAAAGUUUUGACCACAGCAGCCAAAGUUGAAAAAUUAGAGUUGAAUCAUGAAAACGUGGAAAAAUCUCUCAUUGGAAUAAGUGACAAGCUUACCGUAAUCAAUGGAAAGGUCGAUUUGUUGCCGGAAGAACAACAGAAAAUUGAGAAAAGUAUUGGAGAAUUCUGUGUAAAUAACGCAUUUUACACUAGCAAAGUCACGGACUGUAAUGAAAGAUCAAAAACAAUUGAAUCAAAAGUUGAUAAAAUAAAUUUUAUUGCCAAAAAAUACCAGGAUGAAGAAUGGAAAACAGUUACAAACAAGAAAAAAAAUCGGCCACUUUUUUCUGUGGUGUUAAAAACAAAUCCACAGAACAAUGUUGGCACUUUAAAAGAAGAAAUGUUAAAAAAUUAUGUCCCAAAUGAAGUUAAUGUUGCAAAAAUUAUAAAUGCUGGUGACGACAAGUUGAUAGCAGUUUGUGAGAACGAAAAUGAGCAGCAAAAAUUCGCUGAGGUCGCAAAAAAGAAAUAUGGAAAUAUUUGUGAAAUAACUGUGCCAGAUAAAAAAAAUCGUAGAUUUAAAGUGCUGAAUGUUGAAAUUUGGUCAAAUUUUGAUGACUUGUUGAAUGAAUCAAUUGAAGAAGUUGUCAAACAAGAAAAUAUAUAUCUUGACCAAGCAAAAACUUGUAAGGUCAUAAAAUUUAUGAAAGCUCGCAUUAGUGGCAAACAAGUUGACACAAAAAUUCACUUUAUUGUGGAAGUUGAUGAAAAAUCAUAUGAUCUUGCAAUGAGUAAGGGAAGGAUUAAAUACCGGUAUCAAGAACCAAGAAUUGUUGAUGGAUUCAUCGUUGGAAAGUGCUUCAACUGUUUCUCCUUCAACCAUGUGAAGAAGGACUGCAAGAGUCUUGUGAAAACAUGUUUCAACUGCGGAGAGGACCAUCAUGUGAAAGAUUGUAAGGAAAAUAAACCAUCGUGUAUAAAUUGUAAAAGGGCAAAUGAAGAAAUUAAAUCGGGAAAAAAGUUUGACAUUAAUCAUAGUAUGAAUGAUUUUGAGUGCCCAUGUUAUUUGAGAAAAUAUAACUAUCUUAUGUCAAUGGUUAAAUAG